CUUUAAUACUUAAGUGGUAUCUCUUGACGGUGUUGGUGGUUUGUGUUUUGGUUUUUGUUUUCUCUCCCUAAGGCUUAGCAGGUCCUUAAUAAUAAGUGAAGGAUCAAGAGGAUCAGAUCCAUAGGAAGUUUAUCUGUCCAUCACCAAAACCGCGACUGAUCAGUCAAUCCCAUCAAUCAAAUCAAAUCAUCAGAAAGAGAGAAAAGGGAAUCAACAAAAAGAGGAACAACAUGUCCUCCUCAUCCACUUCCUUUUCACCGGACCAACACCUCUCUCCCUCCGACCAGCUCUGCUAUGUCCAUUGCAACUUCUGUGACACUGUCCUCGCGGUCAGUGUUCCUUGCUCCAGUUUGUUUAAGACUGUCACUGUGAGAUGUGGUCAUUGCACCAACCUUCUCUCAGUCAACAUGCGUGGCCUGCUUCUUCCUUCGGCUAAUCAGCUUCACCUUGGCCACACCUUCUUCACUCCUCAAAAUCUUCUGGAGGAGAUUCGGAAUGCACCUUCAACAAACAUGGUGAUGAAUCAGAUUCCAAACCCUAAUGAUUUGGUCACCGGCGCCAUGCGAGGAGGGCCUGAAGAAACUCCUAAGCCUCCAUCAGCUAACAGACCUCCAGAGAAGAGACAGAGAGUCCCAUCUGCUUACAACCGCUUCAUCAAGGAUGAGAUUCAACGUAUCAAAGCUGGGAACCCUGAUAUAAGUCACAGAGAGGCCUUUAGUGCAGCUGCAAAGAAUUGGGCCCACUUUCCUCACAUUCAUUUCGGACUUAUGCCUGAUCAUCAACCCGUGAAGAAAGCUAAUGUUCGUCAGGAAGCAGAGGAUGUGCUUAUCAAAGAUGGGUUUUUCGCACCAGCUAAUGUAGGUGUCUCUCCCUUCUAGAGUUGUUCAUUGUAGGGUUUCAGCUUUAUCAUGUCUCUACUUAAGUAACUGUACUAGAACUUACCUUAUGCAUAUUAUGUUUUGCACUGGUGUUUGUACUUCUAAGUGUUAAAAAGUUGUUACUUUAUGUUAUAAUCAAUGGUUGAAGGGAAUUAAUUCUGAUGAAGCUAGAUUAGUUCCUCGCAAAAUCAA